AUGGAGAUCGGCCACGCCGCCAAGCCGGUUCGCGAGGACCGCAUCAGCAAGCUCGAUGACGCCGUGCUCGGCCACGUCCUCUCCUUCCUCCCGUCCAAGCAGGCGGCGCGCGCCGCCGCGCUCUCGUCCCGGUGGCGCGACGCCUUCGCCGGCGUCCACACCGUCUCUAUCGAGGAGCCGGAGGCCUCCGUCCCCACCUACGACGAUGACGACCGUCACCGCUACAGCCACGACCACGGCUCAAACAAGGACCUCCACCUGCCGUCGCACUUCGGGGCCACGAUCACCGCCGCCAUCGUCGCCCGUCACCGCAGCCCGGCAGCCACGCCGCCGCUGCGCGCGCUCCGCGUCGCCUUGCACGACUACAAGUACCGUGACUCCGUCACGGUGGACCAGUGGAUCUCCUACGCCCUGAAGCAGGCAGGGUCGGCGCUCGAGCUUGAUCUCCGCCUCAGGUGCCUGCCCAUCUACUGCCGCCGCGCCCAUGACGAUGGCGGUGACGAUGACACCGCCUCAUCCAAAUACGGGAAUGUUGUUCCAGAUUCCUCAGUACAAGUGCACAUGGAAAGUUAUUUUCUGUACACCGUCCCGAGGGGUCUCUUCUCCAGCUCAGCGCUGCGAACGCUCCGCAUCGGGCCAUGCAGGCUAUCCCCGCCGUCCGCCAUCAGUCUGCCUUCCCUCGUCGAGCUCCUCCUCAGCCGCGUCCCUGACGGCGAAGAGGAGGUGCGGAGGCUCAUCUCCGCCUGCCCGCGCCUCGCCGACCUCACUCUCGAGUCCUGCGGCACGGUAACCGCGCUCUCCUUCCCGGACGCGCCGCGCCUGCGCAGGCUCGUCCUGCGAUGCUGCCACAACCUGGCCAGCGUCAUCAUCGACGUGUCAGAGCUCCGCGCCUUCGAGUACCGCGGCGCCGUUCCCGAUGUCUCGUUCCUGACCAUGUUCGGCGCCAAUGGCUGGUUCCUCACCAUGCCGUCGCUCACGUCGUGCAACGUCGACAUCUGCAGCGGUGAGAUUUCGGCCCCGGAGAAGCUCUCCAGGCUCACGGCUUUCCUCUACCAGUUCGCGUCUGCGAAGCACCUGCGCCUGAGGUCCGAGCGCCUUUGCCCCAGCAUCGGUGACGACACCGUCACAAGGCUCCCGACGUUCCGGAACCUCCAACACCUCGAGCUUUGGGGGCACCUGCCGACCGACGACGAUGCAGCCGACAUCAUCAGCACGACAAGCAGGAUUCUCCGCCACGCGCCAAACCUGGAGGUGCUCUCGUUCGUUUUCGAGACGGGGACUAGGACUGACGCCGACAAGGAUGGGCCGCUCCCACACGGCCGCUACAAUUGCAAGGAGGAGGAGCUCCUCGACGCGCACCGUCUCCGGUACAACCGGUACAGUGUCCUCGACGCACCGACCGGCGGUGCCAGGCUCCCUUGCUUGGCGAACCGGGUAAGGGAGAUAAACCUAGUGCAUUACCAGGGAGGCAGGGCGCAGAGGAAGCUGGCUAAGUUCUUGCUAUGCAACGCUUGGGUCAUGGACGAGCUGUGGUGCCAGUUCGCCGAGGGGCCCCUGUGGAUGCAGACCGAAUUGAUGCGAGAGAUGAAAAGCUGGGUGACGAACAAGAAUGCCAACACGGUCUUUCGCUAA